GCCGCCAUUUUGUUAGUGCAGGGCAGAGCGAAGGAGGCAGCGGAGAGCGAGGGAGCGCGACGGCAGCACGGCGGAGAAAAGGGGGGAAAACAACGGGGGAAAACCACACACACCCGAACCGAGCUAGGAGGAGAGAAAGCCGCCGAGAGAUGGAGGAAAAGACCCUCUCGUGAUACCGAGGAGAAAAAUCGUCGGAGGCGCUUUGACGGAGAGGCGGAAGAGGGGGGAGAGAAAAGGAGAAGAAGGUGCCGAGUGCGAGAUUUAUUUCACUCGAGCAGGAGAAGACUGGGUCACGAGAAGCGGAGGAGAGGAGGAAAACGGGCGGAGAACAACACAGCCGGCCGCCUUCCUCACCGAGAACGUGGAGGAGCGGGGAGAGACGAGCCGAGAGAGGCUGGAGAGGAGAAAUGCAGGCGGGUUCAGAGCAUCACAAAGCCUGGGAGAGAGAGAGCGAGCUUUCUGUGGAGCCCUCGGUCUGAGAGAGAGAGUGAGAGAGGGGCUGGGAUGGGAGGCUCUGCUGCUGCUCUGCUCUCCAAGCUAGCUUAGGUUAACCAACUAACUAACGCAGGCAGCCGCGACUCUCGUUUAGUGCCAUUAUUCUCCUUCCCAGCAUCACCACCAUCCUUAUUUUCAGCUUCUCUCAGGAGGAUUUCCUUCAUUUACCACUGCAAAUCAAUCAGUGCUCAUCUGAGGAGAACCCACCUCCUCCCAGUGUUCAGCCUCUGCACUUACAGCAGUGCAAUCUCUCUCUACUUAUCUUUCUCGCUUUGAAAAGGGUGCACAUCUAAAACCUGGACCUGGUCCUGACAAGUCAUCCAUCCUUCUUCCACCCAUCCAUCUAUCUAUCUAUCUUUCUUCUUGACCUGAAAUGAUUCCUUUGCACGCGUGAACUUGGACGUGCAUUUGUGUUCAUUUGAGUGCACAUUCUGGAGUGGGCAGAGAGAGAGGGAGAUUUAACUAGCUACCUAUCCUCUAUUCUCAUUUCAUGUUUCUGCAAAGAUUUUAUGUUUUUGGAUCAUUUGGAAGGGCACGAUCUGUGGUGCAUGCAUGCAUAUCUACAUACAUGCCCAGUUAGGUUAGCUCUAGUUGUAGGGCCUGCACAUCUCCUUAGCUAGUCACUUUUUGAUCUUUGGUCACAAAACACUACUUCUCUAAAAACAACAACAAAAAAUAUUGAGCAGGAUUACCAACACCACCAUCAACUUUUUACCAUCCCAAACUAUUUCAACCAUUUGUUAAAGGGUACACAGCAGUGCUGUCAACGCUGCUGUGUUAAAGUAGUAGUGUAGCUAGUUAGUUAGCUAGUUUUGUGCAGCAGGAACAUCCACAUAUUUUGGUUUUUGGGAUUGUGCAUGCAUUCAUAUGCACAUACACGCAUUGUGUGUGCAUAUAUCGGUUAAGGUGAACUGUGCACGCUUAUUUAUUAUCUAGUGUAGCAAUUUAAGCUGCCCGUGUGGAGGGGAAAUCGCAGUAUUGAUGAGGAGGAGACCUCUAGGUCUAGAGGAACCCAUUGCACACCACCACAAGCAAGCAUCAUGUUGGGAAUUAGGAGCUUUACUGACUGCAAUGGAGACCCAAUGCAAAUGGAGGAUUUCUGGAUCCUGGGCGUUUUCAUAAGCACUGCAUGAGAAGGAGAUCUUUCCAACUCAAAGAGAGUUAAAAGUUUUGUUGCUGCCAUUUUUGCAAUUCGUACGACUCCUCAAAGCUGCUGCACAGCAAGCUAUGGCACUGAAGAUCCAGGAUCCGGCCUUGGAGGAGAGGUCGCAUCACCAGGUCUCCGUCGCUCAUGAAGCUACAUGAGUGCACACAGCGCCUUUUAAAUGAACUGCUUCCAGUUUUCCUUCUGCAGAACUUCUCCAGAACACCGGGAUUUGCUUUAAAUCACGUCAGAGCCAGGGGAGACUUCUCAGACUCUACUUGCUCAUCUUGUUGUUCCAUGCGUCCAGAGCUGAAGUGAGGAGAAAGGGAACUUAAAAUUAUUUUUUUUCGUUAUCUGCUCCUGCGUCUCUCAAAAAAGGGAAUAAAACAAAACAAAAAGUCUCAAGACUUUGUAGAAAAGGGAAAAGGGACAUCCUGAGCGCACUCCUCCUCUCAACUAUCCUCUGUGGAUGUAGCUAUUUGCAUUAAUAGUCGUUUGUGGAGGAAAAAUAUGGCCGAUAAUGUUUUGGACUCCGGUCCGCCUUCAGCCAAGAGGCCUAAACUCUCUUCACCGGCUCUCUCCGUGUCUGCAAGCGAUGGAAACGAUUUUGGUUCACUCUUCGACCUGGAGCACGACCUCCCAGAUGAGCUCAUUAACUCGUCCGACGUGGGCCUACCUAAUGGAGGGGUGGACCUUGGUCAGCUUCCUUCAGGCUUGUCCAGCGGGGGUCAGUCAACAAUGGGCGGCCCCCUUCAGGAUGCCGCCGCCAAACACAAACAGCUCUCUGAGCUGCUCUGCUCCGGAGCGCCCGCUGCCCACUCGGCAGCCGCCGGCAGCCCUGGUAACCCAGCGUCCUUGGGGCUGAUGGGAGGGCUGAGUGGAUCCCCUGGACCUCAGGGUCUGGGGCACCCUGCUUCCCAGCAGCAGGCAGGCAUGAUGCAGGCUGGCAUGGUGGCAGGCAUGAACAGAGGCAUGAUGGGAGGGCAGAAAGGGAAUGGGCAGACGCAAGGCAUGAUGGGAGGACAAGUCAUGAACGGGGCACCCAGGAUGGGUUACCCCGGAGCGAAUGUUGGGAUGGCAGGAAAUGGUGGUGUGAUGCCAGACCCUCUACAGCAGCAGCAAAUGGGCCAGGCGACGCUCAGAGCCCAGCAACCAGGAGCAAUGAACAAGAUGAAUAUGAUGCCCGGUGCUGGUUCUGGCCCCUAUGUUGCUGGCUAUGGUCAGUGCGGUGGUCAGUCUCUUCCUCCUCCCCACCAGAACAAAGCAGCUCUGCCCAACAGCCUCGCCCAAUUCGGCAUGGACAAGAAACCCCAGCCUGGACAGAACAUCCCUGGACUGCCUGGUUCGGGCGUGGUGGGCGGUGUGUCCGGUCCGGGCGGUGCUGUCGCCCCUCCUACAGCAGACCCAGAGAAGAGGAAGCUGAUCCAGCAGCAGCUGGUACUCCUGCUGCAUGCCCAUAAAUGCCAACGGAGGGAGCAGGCCAAUGGUGAGGUUCGCCAGUGCAACCUGCCCCACUGCAGAACCAUGAAGAACGUCCUCAACCACAUGACCCACUGUCAGGCUGGCAAGUCCUGCCAAGUGGCUCACUGUGCGUCUUCAAGGCAGAUUAUUUCUCACUGGAAGAACUGCACACGACACGACUGUCCCGUCUGCCUGCCUUUGAAGAACGCAGGAGACAAGAGGAACCAGCAGUCUCUGCUGGGCGGAGCCGGUAUGGCUUUGGGAGGAUCUUUAGCAAGCUCUGUCCCAGGUGGUGCCCCCGCAGCCCCCAGCUUAAACCCCCCAGGGCAGAUAGAUCCAAGUUCCAUUGAACGAGCCUAUGCUGCUCUGGGCCUCACCUACCAGGGCACACAGACGAGUGGGCAGAACCCCUUACCACCCACCCCUACACCCCCAGGGGUAACUGGACAGACGGGCAUGAGGCCAAUCAACAGUGUUGCUGGAAACCCGAUGGGCGUUAAUGGUGGCGUUGGAGUUCAGUCGCAAAAUCAGCAGUCCAGCCUUUUACCAGACAACCUGCUACACCGAAACAACGCACAUGGUCUGAUGAGUGAGGGCGCAGGAGUCGGGGCCAUGAGUUCUAUACCUGUGGCUGCGCCACCCUCUGCAGGUGGAAUGAGGAAGAACUGGCACGAAGACAUUACACAGGACCUCCGCAACCACCUGGUUCACAAACUUGUACAGGCCAUCUUCCCCACCCCAGAUCCAGCAGCUCUGAAAGACAGAAGAAUGGAGAACCUGGUGGCCUACGCCAGGAAAGUAGAGGGAGACAUGUAUGAAUCUGCCAACAGCAGGGCUGAGUACUACCACCUUCUAGCAGAGAAGAUCUACAAGAUUCAGAAGGAGCUGGAGGAGAAGAGGAGGACCAGGCUACAAAAACAGGGCAUGAUGGACGGCCCUCUGCCAGAGCCAUCUCUCGUCCGACAGACUGGACCAAACCAGAUGGUCAACAGGAUGCAGAAUCCUGCAGGAAUGAAUCAGUUUGGUCAGAUGGGAAUGCAGGGCAUGACUCAAAGAGGAACGCCUCCACUGCCCAUAGGAACAAACCUCAACCAGAUGAGUAUGCAGGGAGCACCCAGAAUGGCUCAACCUAACAUGACUCCACUACAGAACCAGUUCAUGCAGAGUCAGAACCAGUUCCCUGGUGCAGUCUCUGGCCCAGUCCAGGGCAGCAUGGGACUGAACCAACCGCCUCCACAGGCAUCACUGCCUCAGAUGUCCACACCUCCAUUGUUGCCAGUCAGUAGUCCAGCCGUUCAGACUCCGCCCACUGUCCCAGGCCCUCUGGGACCCUCCUCCACCCUCCCGUCCUCCGCGCAGCCCCCUAACUCACACACCCACUGUCCUCAAGUUCCCAACACCCACACACAUGCUCCACCCCUGCAGCAGAGCACCCCGUCUCCUGCCAGGAGUCUCACACCCAACCCCCAUCAGACCCCGCCCCAGCUGCCCCGCAGCCUCACGCCCCAGCCGCACACGCCCAAUUCGGCCGGCAUGGCCGCUCCCGCCCCACAGCAACAGCAGCAGCAGCAGCAGCCGCCUCAACAGCAGCAGCAGCCGCCUCAACAGCAGCCAGAUAAAGCAAAUCAGCUGCAGCACCCAACACAGGCACACGGGGGCGGAGCUUCCGGAGGCCCUCAGUUGGGGCUGGCAUCAUCUGUACCUUCCCAGAAUGCUUUAGGGCUAAACGCUCACCCACAAUCACCGCUGUCUCAGAAGUCGUCCCUGGCGGCAGAUGGGCAGGUGUCCACUCCAGCCUCGGUUGGUUUUCCAGAGCCCCCGCUGCCCGCUGCUGACGGCCCCUCGCUGGCUGAGAUCAAAACGGAGGUCAAACAGCCUGAGGAAGAGGAGGAGGAAGAGGAUCACGAGGCAGAGAGCAAACCCACAAUUACAGAGACCACCAAACAAGAGGAAGUGAAGACUGAGGAGAAACCGGAGAUUAAGAAGGAGGAGCCUUCAGCUGACGAGUGUAAGGCGGAGCCUAUGGAGACGUCAGUGGGAUCAACAGGAGAAGACAAGAAACCGGAGAUGAAGACUGAACCCAAAGAAGAAGAAGACAAAACGGCAGCAAACAGCUCCACGCCCAGUACACAGAGCAAGAAGAAAAUCUUUAAGCCAGAGGAGGUCCGUCAGGCUCUGAUGCCCACUCUGGAGGCUCUGUAUAGGCAGGACCCCGAGUCUCUGCCCUUCCGGCAGCCGGUGGACCCCCAGCUGCUGGGGAUACCUGUACGUAUUCGAACUAGUAACAAAACUAACCUGGACUAUUUCGACAUAGUGAAAAACCCCAUGGACCUGUCCACCAUAAAGCGAAAGCUGGACACGGGUCAGUACCAGGAGCCGUGGCAGUACGUGGACGACGUGUGGCUCAUGUUCAACAACGCCUGGCUCUACAACAGGAAGACCUCGCGCGUGUACAAAUACUGCUCCAAACUGGCUGAGGUGUUCGAGCAGGAGAUCGACCCGGUCAUGCAGACUCUUGGCUACUGCUGCGGACGGAAGUUGGAGUUUUCUCCUCAAACUCUGUGCUGCUAUGGGAAACAACUAUGCACCAUCCCACGAGACGCUGCCUACUUCAGCUACCAAAACAGUUCACCCAAAUAUGGGCUUCUUGCUAACAGGUACCACUUCUGUGAGAAGUGUUUCAACGAAAUCCAGGGGGAGAAUGUAUCCCUGGGCGACGACCCGACACAGCCGCAGACAUCAAUCAACAAAGACCAGUUUCAGAAGAAGAGGAACGACACACUCGACCCUGAGCUGUUUGUGGAAUGUAAUGAUUGCUGUCGUAAAAUGCAUCAAAUCUGUGUCCUGCACAACGAGACGAUAUGGCCGUCAGGCUUCGUGUGCGACGGCUGUUUGAAGAAGGCCAACAAGACGAGGAAGGAGAAUAAAUACGCAGCAAAAAGACUGCCUCAGACCAAGCUGGGUUGCUUCCUGGAGACGCGAGUGAACGAUUAUCUGAAGCGACAGGCUCAUCCAGAGAGCGGUGAAGUCACCAUACGGGUGGUGCACGUCUCUGACAAGAUGGUGGAGGUGAAGCCAGGCAUGAAGUCCAGGUUUGUGGACAGCGGUGAGAUGGCAGAGUCGUUCCCGUAUCGAACAAAAGCUAUGUUUGCUUUUGAGGACAUUGACGGCGUGGAUGUGUGCUUUUUCGGGAUGCACGUACAGGAAUACGGCUCCGAUUGCCCUCCGCCCAAUCAGAGACGUGUGUAUAUCUCCUACCUGGACAGUGUGCACUUUUUCCAGCCACGUCAGUUGAGGACGGGCGUUUAUCACGAGAUCCUCAUAGGUUACAUUGAGUAUGUUAAGAAACUGGGGUUCACCACUGGACACAUCUGGGCGUGCCCACCCAGUGAAGGUGAUGAUUAUAUCUUUCACUGUCACCCUCUGGAGCAGAAGAUACCCAAACCCAAGCGUCUGCAGGAGUGGUACAAGAAGAUGCUGGAUAAGGCUGUGGCUGAAAGAAUUGUGCAUGACUACAAGGACAUUUUUAAGCAAGCGACUGAGGAUCGUUUGACCAGCGCAAAGGAGCUGCCUUAUUUUGAGGGCGAUUUCUGGCCCAAUGUGCUGGAGGAGAGCAUCAAGGAGCUGGAACAAGAAGAAGAGGAAAGAAAGAGAGAGGAGAACAGCACUUCCAGUGAAAGUGUUGAUGCCACCACGGGCGACAGCAAAAAUGCCAAGAAAAAGAACAAUAAGAAGACGAGCAAGAACAAGAGCAGCUUGAGUCGAGCCAACAAGAAGAAACCGGGAAUGCCCAAUGUCUCCAACGACCUGUCUCAGAAACUUUAUGCCACCAUGGAGAAACACAAAGAGGUCUUUUUUGUCAUUCGGCUUAUUGCUGGCCCCACUGCCAAUUCCCUACCUCCCAUCGUGGAUCCAGAUCCCCUUAUGGCCUGUGACCUGAUGGAUGGACGUGACGCCUUCCUGACCCUGGCUCGUGACAAGCAUCUAGAGUUCAGCUCACUGCGAAGAGCCAAGUGGAGCUCCAUGUGUAUGCUGGUAGAACUGCACAACCAGAGCCAGGAUCGCUUUGUCUACACCUGCAAUGAGUGCAAACACCAUGUGGAGACGCGUUUCCACUGCACCGUCUGCGAGGACUAUGAUCUCUGCAUCACGUGCUACAACACUAAGGGUCACGAGCACAAGAUGGAGAAGCUUGGCUUGGGUUUGGACGACGAAAGCAGCAACCAGGCAGCGGCAGCCACUCAGAACCCUGGCGACUCUCGACGUCUCAGCAUCCAGCGCUGCAUCCAGUCUCUGGUGCAUGCCUGCCAGUGUCGCAAUGCCAACUGCUCCCUGCCGUCCUGCCAGAAGAUGAAACGGGUUGUGCAACACACAAAGGGUUGCAAGCGCAAGACAAAUGGUGGAUGUCCUAUCUGCAAACAACUCAUUGCGCUGUGUUGCUAUCAUGCCAAGCACUGCCAGGAGAACAAGUGCCCUGUACCGUUCUGUCUCAAUAUAAAGCACAAGCUCCGCCAGCAGCAGCUGCAGCACAGGCUGCAGCAAGCGCAAAUGCUGCGUAGGCGUGUGGCCACCAUGCAGAGGGCUGGGCAGCCUCCUUGUGGAGGAGGCCCCCCUGUAGGUCUUCCAUCACCAGGCAGUAAUGGUGCUACAGGUCGUAGCACACCAACAUCAAUGGGUACCCAGCCUGGCACGCCUCAGACGCCCACGCAGCAGAGUCUUACUCCUCUGUCCUCAUCUGGAAUGGGGCCUCUUCCGGGUGCGUCACCUCAGCAGCAGCAGCAACCAAGCAACUUACCUUCCCAGCACCCUGUCCAUCAACAGUUUCAGCAAAUGCCUGGUGCUCCAGGAAUGAUGACCUCACCACAGCCACAGAUGGUUUCUCAGCAACCUUCAGGACAGUCGCCGCAUCCAAAUAUGCCUCAGUACGUCCCUCGACAUCCAGGGUCUUCUCCUCAUUCGCAGUCCCAAGGUAAACCUGGCUUGGGUCCUACAACCCCUCCACAGCAACCUAGCAACCCAGGGGCAGCUCCGGUGCCCCAACAGCCGCAGCAGCAGCCUCCUUCAGGCCCUCCACCCGCAGCUGUGGAAAUUGCAAUGAAGAUACAGCAAGUGGCAGAUGCCCAAAGGAAGAUGGCGAAGGCUCAGCUACUGCAGAGACAAGCCAGCCAAGCUGGCAUGAUGCCACAACACCCACACCACCAGCAACCACAGGGGCAAAUGGGAAUGUCUCAUCCUGGUGUUGGUAUGGUUGGUGGGCCAGGGCUCCCUCCCCAGGCACAAGCUUCUGUUGCCAGAGCACAGAUGGAGCAGCAGCAGCAACAGCAGCAGCAGGGACCUCAGGGAAUGAUGGUGGGAACAGGUCCCAUGCAGCAACAGCCUGCACCCCAAGCUAAUGUGCAAGGUCAGCUUCCUCCACAGGUGCAGCUGCAGCAAAGGGCCAAUGCACAGCUUCAGCCUCCUCAGCAGCAGUGGGCAGGGCAGGGCAUGCCACCUCAGAGACCCCCAAUCAUGGGUCAGCCUGGCAUGGUUGCUAUGCAGCAGCAAAUGCCACAGCAGACACAGCAACAGCAAAUGCCCAAUCGCAAUGUUUUGAUGAAUAUGGUGCAGGCAGGCCUGCAGGGCGGUGCUGCAGGUGGAGCUGCAGGUGGUCUCCCACAGGGAGCCUUGCAAGAUUUGUUGCGAACUCUGAGGUCGCCAAGUUCGCCACAGCAGCAGCAGCAGGUCCUUAACAUCUUGCGCUCCAACCCGCAGCUGAUGGCUGCGUUCAUAAAGCAAAGGGUUCACAAGUAUAAAGGUGGGGCUGGAGGCCCAGCUGGACCUCAAGGAGGGCCAGGGACUAUGAGUGGGCAGCCAGUAGGAGUCAACACGGGUGGGCCUCAGCCAGGCAUGCAUAUGGGACAGGGCAUGAACAUUCAGUCCCAGCUUGCUCAGCUCCAGCAGCAGCAACAGCAGCAACAAAUGCAACAGCAGCAGAGACCUUUACUACAGCAACAGCAGGUUGCAGCGUUGCAGCAACAGCAGCAGCAACAACAAGGAAUGCCAGGACAGGGACCUCCUAACAUGGCCAGCUUUACGCCGCAGUUCAGAGAGCUGCUAAUGAGGAGACAGCAGCAACAGCAGCUUCAGCUCCAGCAACAACAGCAGCAGCAGCAGCAGAUGGGAAAUCAUGCUGCUUACCAACAGCAGCAGAACUACAUGGGCCAGCAAGGCAACAUGCAGGUACCUCCUGGAGGCCAGGCACCACCAGGAGCGCAACCCGGGCAGCCCCAGCAACAGGGUUACCCAGGUAAUCCGGCGCAGCAGCAGGCCGCAGCUGUCUUGCAGCAGAGACUGCAGCACCAGCAUCACUUGCAGAUGCAGCAGCAGCAGCAGAAUGUGGGCCUGCAAGGCCCUGACGGAGGACCAGGUGCAGGUGGUCCGCAGACACAGCCCACACAGGGAGGGCCUCAGCCUUCCUCGUCUCCUGCGCUGUUGCAACAAGCCUUGCACCAGCGAAUGCUUCAGCAGCACCAGCAUCUGGGCGGGGCCUCGCCUGCGCAACAGAACAAUCCCAUGAGUCCGCAGCAGCCGAUGUCCCAGUCACCACACCUGCAGGCCCAGCAGCAGCUCCCUACGUCGCUCAGCAACCAGGUGCGCUCACCUCAACCGUCGCCACGUCCACAGUCGCAACCUCCGCACUCCAGCCCAUCCCCGCGCACACAGCAGCCUCAGCCGUCGCCCCACCACAUCUCCCCCCAGACCCAGACGGGAUCACCUCACCCCAGCCACCUUCAGCAACACUUGCCUGGCAUGGCUCCACCUCCCCCUCCGCCGCCGCCUCCGCAGCAACAGAACGCUAUGGACCCUGGAGGAUUCGGUACGGAUCAGAACUCCAUGCUGCCGCAGCUCGGCAGCAUGCCAGGACUCCACACGCCAGGAGCGAAUGACAUGUUGCCCCCUAGUGGACAGGAUCACGGGGUGAAUAUGAACCCGUUAGACAUUAUGUAGUUACGGAACACACGGACGCUUGCCAGAGACAGUGUUAGCCUUUUUCUUUUUUAUAUUGCAGUGAUGAAUUAUUUAAUGUUUUGUCAGUAUGAACACAGUGAACUCUUGACCUUCCUAUGGGAGAUGCAGCAAUUAAUCAACAGAAAUGAGUAUAAGAGGUGAAUGAUAAAUUAUGGCUUCCCCACCCCCAAAUUGUGUACAGAGAAAGGAUUAUUUCUCAGACAACGCAGGUAAUAUUUUUGGGACUGGAUCUAGGGGAGGAUUUACCUUUUUUAAGAUAUAUUUUUAAGAUUUUAAAACUGUUAAAAUUUAAAAGACCGAAACAUUGAAUGCAAUGGGCUUUAUUUUCUAUAUAUAUCUAUAUAUAUAUUUUUGCUCCAUGAACCAGUCUCAGUUACUAGUUUUACAGUGUGGAGUGUUACAAAUGUUAUUGAUUACCAUUGUUUUUUUUUUUUGUUUGUUUUUGCCAUUGUUAAAGUUAUUAAUUAUCCAAACAUCAUGCAUAUCUUCGAGUUUGGUUUUGCGUUAUUUAUUCCAGUGGGUUUUUUGUUUUUGUGCUAUUGGAGACUGCUACAAUUCACACAGAUUCUAUUUUUUGUUAAAGCCUGUCCAGAUAGGGGAGCUGUUCCUUUACAUCAGCGGUUAGUUUAGAAGAUUGAAUACAGUAAGAAUCAGUGUUGGGUGGGAAGGGCUUAAGUGGUUCGUGGUGUUGGCCAGUGGUUCGGUUUAUUUUUUUGUUUAAUUUUUUUUUUUUUUUUUUUUUUUUUUUUGGAAAUCGUGCCACAUUUGAAAUGCCUAGCCAUUGUGCCCAUGUGGGGCAAACCUGAACGCACAUGCCCUGUACAACCUGUCCCUAGGAGAGUGUGUCUGUAUGUGUGUGUGUGUGUGUGUGUUUGUAUGGCUGUGUGUGUGUGUGUAUGGCUGAUGUUCAUGCUGAGAUGAAUAGAUGGGUUUAGAGUUUAUUAAAUGAACUGAAAGAUGGAGAGAAUGCCACUGAUCUCGCUCUGUUUUCUCCUCUCGCGCUCUCUCUCUCCGUCCCCUCCGCCCUUUGCCUCCACUCUCAGAAAUGUCAUUGCUCUGAAAUUUGGGAGUUUAAUUUAAAUAUUUUUUACUGUACAAAGAAAACACAAACUGUGGACUCCAUACUUUUUUUGUAAUAAAAUGAAGAUAAAAUAUGUCAACAA